AUCAGAAAAAAAUAUCUGAUAUCUAAUGUUAUGCUAAAAGACAUGCAUAAGAAAAAAUCCUUUGGUAGUUAAGAGUUAGCCAUGGAAAACUCUGUUUCAUCUCUCUCUCUGGGUUUCCCUCCAAACCCAACACCCAACAUUUUCCAAGUCUUCAGCUUUACACCUUCCAAAACCCAGCAAACGAGACCUCCCAGAUUCACCACUCCCAGAAAACACAGGACCAAGAAGGUAAAACCGUUCACAGAAAAGGACGCGUUUCCGUGCUCCUUACCCCUCCACAACAAAAACCCAAUCUUCAUCUACAAAGACAUCAAGCGUUUCGCUCGCCAGAACAAGCUCAAGGAAGCUCUCACCAUCUUGGACUACGUGGACCAACGUGGCAUUCCCGUGGAUGCCACAACUUUCUCUUCUGUCAUCGCCGCGUGCAUUCGUACCAAGUCAUUGGCACAAGGGAGGGAAGUUCACAUCCAUAUCAGAAUCAAUGGACUCGAAAGCAACGUUUUCUUGCGGACAAAGUUGGUUCAGAUGUACACCUCAUGUGGGUCGUCAGAAGAGGCGCGUAAACUGUUUGAUGGAUUGCCCUGUGAGAGUGUCUACCCGUGGAACGCUUUGCUCAGAGGGACUGUGGUUUCUGGGGAAAGGCAGUACAUUGAGUUGCUCAAGACUUAUGCCGAGAUGAGGGCUUUGGGGGUUCAGCUGAAUGUGUACAGUUUCUCCAAUGUGAUCAAGAGCUUCGCCGGCGCAUCGGCGUUUUCGGAAGGGCUGAAGACUCAUGCGCUUUUGAUUAAGAAUGGAUUUGUGGAUAACUACAUUCUUAGAACCAGUUUGAUUGAUAUGUACUUCAAGUGUGGGAAGGUUAGGCUUGCUUGCCGUGUGUUUGAGGAAAUUCCUGAGAGGGAUGUUGUCGCGUGGGGGGCGAUGCUUGCUGGGUUUGCACACAAUAGAAGACAGAGGGAAGUGUUGGAGUAUGUGAGGUGGAUGGUGAAGGAGGGAGUGAACCCGAAUUCGGUUGUGAUUGCAAUUGCGGUUCCUGUGAUUGGGGAGGUUUGUGCAAGGAGGUUGGGUCAGGAGUUUCAUGCUUAUGUUUUGAAGACGAAAUCUUACUCUAAGCAGGUGCCGGUUCAGUCUGCUUUGAUUGAUAUGUAUUGCAAGUGUGGGGAUAUGAUUUCGGCAAGACGGGUUUUUUAUGGUUCCAAGGAGAGGAAUGUGGUUUGUUGGACGGCUCUGAUGGCGGGGUAUGCUGUGAAUGGAAAACUUGAGCAGGCACUGAGGUCCACCAUUUGGAUGCAGCAAGAAGGAUUCAAGCCUGACGUGGUGACGAUUGCGACUGUUCUUCCAGUCUGUGCACAGUUGAGGGCUCUGGAACAAGGGAGGCAAAUUCAUGCUUAUGCUCUGAAACGUUGGUUUCUGCCUAAUGUCUCUAUAACUUCUCAAUUGAUGAUGAUGUACUCUAAGUGUGGUGUUGUUGAGUAUUCUAGACGAUUAUUUGAUAAUAUGGAAGAAAGGAAUGUGAUUUCGUGGACCGCCAUGAUUGAUUCAUUAAUAAAAAAUGGACAUCUUUGUGAAGCACUUGGUGUGAUGAGGUCAAUGCAAUUGACAAAGUACAGGCCUGAUUCUGUUGCUAUAGCAAGGAUGUUGAGUGUUUGUGGUGAACUAAAACUUGUAAAGCUUGGGAAGGAGAUUCAUGGGCAGAUCUUGAAAAAGGACUUUGCAUCAGUUCCUUUUGUUUCUGCAGAACUUAUAAAUACGUAUGGCUUAUUUGGAGAUGUUAACAAGGCUAAGUUGGUGUUUAAUGCAGUCCCCGUUAAAGAUUCUAUAACAUGGACUGCUCUUAUAAAGGCUUAUGGAUAUAAUGAACUGUAUCACGAUGCAAUUGGCCUUUUUUAUCAUAUGGGAGCUUCUCCGAAUCACUUCACUUUUGCAGCCAUUCUAUCUAUAUGUGACAGAGCUGGAUUUGUUGAUGAUGCUUGUAGAAUCUUCAACUUAAUGCCUAAAUAUAAAAUUGAAGCAUCUAAGGAACACUUUGCAAUUUUGGUGCAACUACUUACCCGCAAUGGUCAACUAGAGAAAGCUCAAAGAUUUGAACAAAUGAGUUCUUUCUUGUAAAAGAGAUAACACCACCUUUUACUUUUGAAAGACUUAGAAUGUUAAGCAAUCCAGAAUCCUCCCAUGUAACUUUUGGCACAAAAUUUGUAAUAUGUAUUUGAAAUUUUGUUCCAUAGUAUACGGCUUACAAGAUUUUCUCCGA